AUGAUUGAAAAAGAGGAAGAUUUCAGUCAAUGCAUUCUCACGGAUGAAGUGACAGUAAUGGGAGGCGAAGUCCGCGUACAACAGAAGAAUUACGCGAAACAAAUGCGCAGUUUUGGAGCACACUCACACCGGAAGUGUGCAGCAAUUAAAUACCGGGAAUACAAAAAACUCCACCGCGUUGUCGAGAGGGAAGGCAACCUUAGCGCCUGUCCAUCCGAUGUUGAGCGUGGCAAUCCUGACGGUCUUGUAAUUGUCCUUUACGGAGGACUUCCUAGCAUGUACAGAGUUUACGAACUUGACGAGUACGCUUGCUGGCUUUACGUCGAGGAAGAAGAGAAACAUAUUCAUUCCCGCUUGUACAUACAUGAAACGUUCGGUUUUGAUUUGUACUUGGGU